AUGCAGGAUGAUAAUUACGGUAAUAUUUUUGACCUCCCGGAAGAAGUCCUUCUUCACAUUAUAAACUUUAUUUCGCCGAUCUCGGAAGACUUCAUCAAUUUGAAGUUGACUAGUCGUUUAUUCCACCGGUUAACAGAAGACAACACACUGUAUAUUCUGAGGUGUCUGCGAUUGAAGCCAACAAGUCACGUACCGGGAAUCGUAUUGCAGAGAGUGUUGACAAGCUCUUAUAUGCUAAACUAUGUGGAUUUCACCGAUUGCGAUUACGUCACGGACGCGUUUAUAGGUCACCUCCUUUCCACGUGUCCAACUGUGAUGGCGCUCUACUUAGCGGGCUGUGUUCGGUUAUCAAAUGAGUCAGUUCGGACUAUUACUGAUAUGCCAUUCAAAGUAAAGGAGUUGGACUUGUCUAGAUGUCCACUUAUAACAUGUACUAGUAUGAUCCAAUUUGCUAAACGACACGGCGACACAUUGAGACUACUUGCACUUGGCCAGUGUUUCGGUCUUCGGAAAGAUCCCUACAAGUUCGGACACAUUGCUCACUACGUACCAAACCUUGAACGCAUAUACCUUGGAUGGAAACCAGAGAAUCAUCGUCUGAAUCCUUUACUUGAUAUGGAUUUACAGAGGUUCUUGAACUCGUGUCAAAAUUUAAAAUACAUUGACGUUAGUAACAGUCAGAUAUCGAGUUAUAGUAUGCAGGUACUAGCAAACAGGUGCCAUGAAGUGCGCCAUCUUAAUGUAAGUCGAUGCUACGUACAGGACAAUGGAAUUGAAAGUUUAGCCAAAGGGUUACCACGAUUGACCUUUCUGGAUAUAUCAGACUGUAUCUACAUAACGGACAUCAGCUUGGAACAUCUAUCGAAUGGCUGCCCUCAACUGCAGCAUCUGAACGUGAGCCGCUGUUAUGACGUCACUGACUCGGGGUUGCUAUCUCUACAAGCCCGUUGUCACAAACUACGUAGUUUAAGUCUUCGCCAUUGUUUUAACGUCACAGACCGAGGUGUGGAGCGUAUCACUACAUGCUGUGCCGAUUUGGAAUUUCUGGAUAUCGCCGACAGUGUCGCCAUAACGAAUGAAACGGUGGAAAGGAUAGUAAUGUGCGGGAAUAGUACGUUUGGGAUUUGUGUCGAUAGAUGUCCUCUGAUCACAGCGCCAGUACGACAGCGAUGCGAUGCAUCACCCAAGCAACCCAGAGCUGAAAAAUGUUUGACAUUGUUCGAUAUUUUGAGUCCCGGUGAAACAUUAGUUUAA